CCUCCUCCUCCUCCUCCUCCUCCCAGUUCCCCCCCCUCCGCUGCUGCUCCCCGGCGCCGCCCCCGAGGCGUCGACGACCCGAUGCCCGCGUUCGUGGGACCAUGCGCUGCCCCCGCCUCGCCAUCCGCCCCUCGGCUGGCCGCGGCCGUGCUGGCCCGAGUCCACCUUGGCUCCACAGAUGACGCACUCCAUCACGCACGGUCCCGCAGCUGCCUACUGAACCUCUUGCUUGCGCCGAUGGCUGGCGCUCCGCUGCGGCGGCUGGCGCUGCCCUUCCUGGCGCUGGCGCUGCGGGCCGGCGGCGUCUCGUUCCUGGAGCGCCCGGGCCAGGGCGGCGCCGCGGGGCUCGGAGGAAAGGUGCUCAUGGCCACGAUGACAUUUCCCGAGGACAACUUGCCCCUGGACAUCACUGUGGCCCACCAGCUGCGCAUGGCCACCAAGCAUCCCGAAAUGGUUCAGCACGUCAUUGUUGACAACCGGCCGCCCUGGAUGGAGCCGGUGAACCGACAGGAGGAGAUCCUGCGAAGCAUGGAAAGCAAUGGUACUUCAAGUGUGCGCAGAGUCGAUUACAGCGUAUACGACGACCCAAAAUACCUCCAGAAGUUCAUUGAUACUGGUGAUCGCACCGACUCUGUGAAAACCCUCGAGGGUGCGCAGGACAAGUCAGACAUAAGCGGGCAGCACAUGUCAUCGAACUCUAUGGGCAUGUUCAAUUUCUUGGACCAUUGUUUGAACGCAGAUGCUGCUGUGGACCUCUGUGUCUUCCUCGAUCCAGACAUCAUUGUGUACAGAGAGGACGAGGGGAUGAUCGAGAUGGCCCGGAAGCUCUUCUGGGCCAAGCAGCCAGUGAUAAUGCUCAACCCCCCGACGAUGUGCAGCGCCAUGGACCCGAGUGACUCGGGCACCUGCUCAUCGAAGAAGCACGGAAUGGUCAGCCAGCGCUACCUCAUAAUCCACCGGCAUCGCCUGGCGGAGGCGUUGCCUCUGAAGAUCCCGCAUGAUGAGUUCCUUGUGAACUUCGAGCACCUCAUGACCGAGGGCAUGCGUCACCACAAUUGGGUCGGUGGUCAGCGCAUGUACUGCAAGGGCGCCUUCGCCAUCCACCCCUUCAGCAUGCGCUGGGCGCACUGCCGCAACAAGAGGGAAAACCUGAACAUCGAGCGCCACUCCAGGCUCAUCUCUCGGGGAGAGCCGAACAAGCUCGCGGGCGACAGAUUGGGUGAGUACCACAGCUUCGACAUGGCCGUCGUGGAGGGGCUACGGGAGCUCGUGUCCCGAGUGGAGGCCGGGAAGCUCGCGAAGCCGGAAGAUCCCUGGAGCGUGACCAACAUGUGCGAGGACAUGUGCGUCGCCAGGGACCGCAUUGCCGAGGGGCUCGCGUGGUGAGCUGGCCAGUCGGCCGUCUCCCCUCCCCUCCCUCUCCCCUGUCGCAUCCUUGGUGUCCGUGGCGUGGCUUCCUCUUCCCCCCCCCCUCCUCGCCUCCUCCCCGCGGGGCGGCGCCGCGCCGUGCUCCGCGGCGGGGCCCCCCGCAGAGGCCGGCGAGGAGACGACGACAAGAAGAGGGGCGGCAUGCCGCGCGCGCGGCGUGGCGCGGCCGCGGCGGCGGGGCCCCGGCCGCGGGGGGGGGGGGUCGGAGGCCCCCGGGCGGGGGGAGAGCUCUCGGCGAGCCUCGGGGCGCCGCGCGCCCUCUUGUCCGCGGCGGCUUUGGGGCGUGAGGUCGGG